AUUUUCAGUGUUAUAAGUUAAGCAUAAAAAACAUAUUUAGGAAUUAGAAGUGUAUCAAAAUUAGCAUUUCCCAGUUCAUUAAGAGUAUUAGAAUUUUUUUUUAUCCAAAAAAAAUGUCAACUUUUUAAAAAAUAAUAAAAUAAAAUGUGAAAUUGUGAGUCUUGUUUGCAUUUGCAGUCUUAUUUAUUAGUAUCUCUCUUCACAGGCUUCAUUUUUCUCUCACCAUUUAAUUCUAUUUAUUUUCCUUAAAAAUCAAAUCAAAUUUUUUAUUUUAAAUUUUAGGGUUUGGAAAUCUCAGACAGAAACAAGGCAAUUAGCCGCAAAAACAGUGAUUAGCUUUCAUGCACCGUUGAGAGUGAUGUGUUGAUUUAUGGCACCUAAAGAAGAUCAAGCUCAUAAAGCUGCUGAAAUUGCAAUUGGAUCGAUUGGGCGUGGAUAUGAUAUAUCUUCUGAUAUAAGGCUCAAGUUUUGUAAAGGAGAUUCGAUUAAUUCGCGUUUAAUUGAGAUAGAUGAAGAUGAUGUUAGAGAGGUGGUUUUACCUGGUGGAGUUUCAUUACCAAAUGUUUCCAAAUUAAUAAAGUGUGAUAAAGGGGAACGAACUAGGUUCAGGUCUGAUGUUCUGUCUUUUCAACAGAUGACAGAGCAGUUCAAUCAGGAGUUAUCUUUGACUGGCAAAAUUCCCUCGGGGCUUUUCAAUUCAAUGUUUGAAUUUUCUGGUAGUUGGCAGAAAGAUGCAGCGCAUACCAAGACCCUUGCUUUUGAUGGGGUGUUAAUUACACUUUACACUGUUGCAUUAGAGAAGUCUCAGAUGGUACUUUGCAACCAUGUUAAAAAAGCCGUACCAUCAUCAUGGGACCCGCCUGCAUUAGCAAGGUUUAUUGAUACCUUUGGUACCCAUAUUAUUGUUGGUAUGAAGAUGGGAGGAAAAGAUGUAAUAUAUUUGAAACAGCAGCACUCAUCAACUCUCCAACCUGCCGAUGUUCAGAAAAAAUUGAAAGAAAUGGCAGAUAAAAGGUUUUUGGAUACCAAUGGCCAAUUUAACGUAGCUUCUGAUCAAGUUUUCCCAAAUGGCAAGUUUGGAAUCAGGACGCAGAGGCUAACUUUUGCUAAUAUUAGUCCAUCAAGUUCUUAUUCAAAUAAAGAGGAUAUCGUAAGCUUUGGCAAGAGGAGAGGUGGAAGUGAUGACAAAAGUCUAUCACAUAAUGAGUGGUUGCAGACCGUUCAGUUGGAGCCUGAUGUGAUCUCAAUGUCCUUUAUUCCAAUUACCUCUCUAUUAAAUGGAGUUCCGGGGAGUGGAUUCUUGAGCCAUGCCAUAAACCUUUAUCUACGAUACAAACCACCAAUUGAAGAGCUCCACCAAUUCUUGGAAUUCCAGCUCCCAAGGCAGUGGGCACCUGUAUUCAGUGAACUUCCUCUUGGUCCGCAAUGGAAGCAACAGAGCUCUUCAUCUUUACAGUUUAGCUUCAUGGGGCCAAGGCUCUAUGUGAACACCAUACAGGUUGACGUAGGUAAGAGGCCAGUGACGGGUCUCCGUCUCUAUCUUGAAGGUAAGAAAAGCAACCGAUUGGCCAUCCAUAUGCAACACCUUUCAUCUCUUCCAAAAAUCUUCCAGCUUGAAGAUGAUUCAAAUGAAAAUUUUAGACGGAAGUCCUAUGAUAAAAAAUUCUAUGAGAAGGUUCAAUGGAAGAAUUUCUCUCAUGUGUGCACUGCUCCUGUGGAAUCCGAGGAGGAACUUUCAAUAGUAACUGGAGCACAAUUGCAAAUUGAAAAUUACGGCUUUAAAAAUAUACUCUUCUUAAGACUUAAAUUCUCAACUGUGUUGGGAGCUAAGGCGGUAAAACAUCCGGAGUGGGAUGGGUCUCCUGGGCUAGGAGCCAAGUCAGGACUCAUAUCCACUCUUAUUAGCCAACACUUCACAGGGGCUUUUCAGAAGCCGCCUCCACGUCCAGCGGAUGUUAAUAUAAAUUCAGCCGUUUAUCCUGGUGGCCCACCUGUUCCCGUCCAAGCUCCCAAGCUUCUAAAGUUUGUUGACACAACUGAGAUGACCAGAGGACCGCAAGAGACUCCUGGCUAUUGGGUUGUCACUGGAGCAAGACUUUUGGUUGAGAAGGGCAAAAUUUCUUUACGGGUAAAGUAUUCUUUGUUGACUAUGAUCUUACCGGAUGAUGAUGAUGAUGAUGAUGACAUGUUGGAUGACCAGUAGCUGACUUUGUUCUGCAUUAGGCCUUUCUUGCUUUCAUCAGCAGAACUAAGUGUUCAUUUUUUAGGAGGGAGAGGUUGGGAGAGGAGGGUAUUUGUCAUCAUGAUAAUUGGUUUUAGUUUUCCUAAUAAGGUAGGGUAGCCCUUUUACGGUGGUUAAAGCACAUGUGAAGUUCACAAAGAUAUACAUACAAUAGGGGGAUUUGUUGGAUGUCAAGGGAUUGAGUGCAGGGCUUCCCCCUAUUGAAAUUGUACUUUAAAUGUAGACUUAUACAUUCCAGAAAAAUGACUAGCUGAAUUAAUUCCACGGGUGUCUGCUGAAUUGUCUUCCUCUUGUUUUGAUUAGAUCACCAGGAGAAAUUAUGUUGCAAACACUAAUAUAUAUCAAUUUAAUACGUUAAAAUUUUACGCCA